UUUUUUCAAGUGGUCUUUCAGUGUCAUUUUUAUUUUGCCCAUGUUUAUUCGGUCAACAUAUCAUAAAAUUAUUUUCCGUUUUCGUGAAAUUACAGCAGAUUCAUUGAUUACAGUUGUAUUUGUUAUGAUAAUGUAAGGUUUAUUUGAUUUUAAUGUCUCAUAUAAGAUGGAAUGUCAGACGAGCGAUAGCAAAAAAUUGUACAAAGUAUUUGACGCGUCGAAGCGAAAGCGGAGUCGCAAGAUAAAGGAAGGACACGAUGAUUCAAACUCUGUAGUCACCGACGAUACUGCUAGCGGUUGCCAAGGGAAUGUGUGUCGCAGUGCGUCGGCGAAGACUAGUCUGCAUGAUGUUCCCACGGCGCAGACUAUAAGCAUGAACAAAGAUUCACAGAAAAGGGAUAGGGACCGCGAUAGCAGCCCUGCGGCGUCGCCGUCGCCCACAGACGUCCAUCACAAGCGCUCCUCGACCGACACUCGGCGCUCCGAAAUACGCUCCACCCGUUCCCCGAGGCGGAACCGCAGGCAAGACAUGAGAGAUGAAAUGUCACUGGCGUUAAAGGCUGGAUUGAUAUCGCCCGCGACAUCGGUUUCUCCGCGCCCGGUGACUGCUUUGGACUCAUUAGGCCACGACGAAGAUUCAAUUAUCUACGCGUUUUUGGAAGAUGCCAUCAAAAAGGAAAAGAAAAAGGAGCGGCAGUCUCGCCGCCACGACGACUACCGGCCGGGCCAGCGCCACACCUCGGUGACGCACCGCCACAGACACCACCACCACCAUCGCAGACGGUGUGAAGAGGCGUUAUCCAGGGACAGGGACAAGUCAAUAAAAGAUUUGUCUCCAGUGCCGGCCUUCAACCAAGCCGCUCUAUUUGAAACUUUUGCAAAGUUGUGCGCUCAGUUCAAUGAAAAAUCUUCAGCGCAGUAUGAGAAACAGACGGUGCAACGUUCGCACAGCCACAAAUCUCUACAGUGCGAGGUGAUGUCCAAACACGACUACCAUGAUGUUGACCAGCGACCCACCAGACUGCUGAAUCGGACCGAGGAGCAGUCCAGAGAGAAUGUCGGCAGGAUUAGAAGCCAGGACAAUUUCCGCGGGCGUCCAAGCCACGAUAGGGUUGCAGUCCACUCCCGACCCGACAGGGCAGAGAAAAAAGAGAAAUGCAAUUACUGCCCUUCAUAUGAUAAGGAAAUUGAUUAUGUCAGCAAACUAGAUUUAACCAGUUCCAGAAUGCGAACCACAGAAGACAGGUAUCAGGAUUAUCAACAAAACCUGCCAGAUAUAAACUUCCCCGAGCAAUACAAAACUCGGCCACCACAAGAGUACAGGGAUUUUCGGGAUUACGAAUGGGAGCGCAGGAAUUAUGAGGAAAAACGGUAUGUUGAUCAGAGGACGAGUAGAAGCUUUGACGUCAGGGAGCACAGGGACUGUUACCCUGAAGAGGAGAAGUGGCGGAGGACGACCAGAAGCGACAACCCUAAAGACAGGCGUUAUGAUCAAAGGUAUCGCAGAUACGAAGACAGGGAUAAGUACUAUGAAGAUAGGACUGAUCGAGACAGGUACAACAUGCCUCAGAGGGACAACAGGCGCUCCAGACGCAUCUCGGACAGGUUCGAGAGGAACUCUGUAGCUUCGAGGGAAGACGACUACAGGGAUAGAGAUAGAUAUUCAGAGAAGGAGAGGGAUUCUGGGCUGAGUGUGGCUGACGGUGAAAACAGCACUGUGAGUGGGAAGAGCAACUACCUCCGGGUAAUGAAACAGGAGAUCGUGGAGCAGCGAGAGGCGAUGGACAAGAUGAUGAAACUGUGGAAGGAGCUAAUGCGGUGCUUCAAGGGGCUGUCGCCGCAGACGCAAGGACAGGAAAAAGCUGUUCACGAAAACGCAGCCAACGUGAGGGACUCAGCGGCGGCGCAGUUACGGCUGUGGCGCGAGUGCAUGCGGCGCUACGAGACCGUGGCGCGGGACGUCGGCGACACCGACGCCAGGCUCAUGGAGGAGAUCAACAAGCAGCGGUCUGAAAUGGCGGAGAUGGCCAGCAUGUGGCAGGAGUGUCUCCAGCGGUACCGCGAGAUGAGCACGGACUUCAACAGUCUCAAACAACAGUUGACGCCCCCCGAGCCCACUCGGUUGCCGGCGGCGCCGCCGGUCGCGUGCGCGGAGGGCGAGGGCAGCGCGCCCGCGGCGCCCUACCGCCUGCCGCCCAACUACCCGCCACAGAUACCGGCGAUGGCCGGCUACGGGUCGCCGCUGCGUCAGAACGCGUCGGUGCCGCCCGCGUGGUGGUGGAGCUCCCCCCGCCGCCGCUCCUCCCCCGACUCCCGCGGCUCGCGCGACCGCGAGCGGGAGAGGAGACAUCGCCAGAAGGGGGGCAGAGAUGACACAAGAUAUAAGGACAAACCUUCAAAGCCCAGUGCGGCCCGUUCGGAGCACAGGCACAGAAAAAGAUAGCAGACAAGAAAUUCUAGUCAGAAUAAUAAAAAUAUUGGAAAGAAAACAGUGAACAUUCAAAAUUAGUUGUAAACAUUGAUAUAUAAACAGAGCAUUUUUGAUAAAAAAUUGUGAAACUAUUGAAAUUUUACACUUGUGGUUUUACAAAUAAUGUCUAUGAAUUAUGAGUUUUGUAAUAAAUAUUUUUGUAAAAAUCCACUAA